AUGUCCGACAACGAGGCUGCUAGUACUCCAGCUCAGGCCAAUGGCGGUAUGAGCCAAGUCGAAGUUGAUUUUCUCAUGUGCUGCCUUCGCAAUACUACUGGUGGCUCAAUCCAGGUCGAUACGCAAAAAGUCGCUCAACUCUUGAACUACAAGAACCCUCGUUCGGUUUCCAACAAGGUUUCUAGCAUCAAGAAGAAAUACAACCUUCCCUUCGGUGCUUCCAGCCGCACCGCCGAGGAGAUGGCAGUAAGCAAGCCUGGCAAAGGUGACGCCUCACCAAAGAAGGCAUCUGAUGCAAAUGGUGAUAAUGAGCCCGCCGUUCCUACCACGCCUUCCAAAAAUCGGGUCACCAAGACUAAGGCCAUUCCAAAACCUCGUGUCAAAAAGACACCAGCGAAGAAGCCGACCAAGAAGGUUGCUGCUGAGGAGUCUCAAGAAGAAGAGCUUAGCGAUGUUGAAGAUGAGGAGAUGGAAGAUGCCAAAGAGGAAGACGAUGAGUAG